AUGGGAAGUAGCCUGUCAGUCUUGCUCGUGACUUGUGGCUUGUGUAGCGGCUGGGCCAAUAGGCGGCGGGUGCCGGUGGAAGGAGCGGACAUGGCGGCGUUGCGAGUGCUGAUGUUGGGCGUCUUGGUGGUGCUCAUGGCCUGCGAGGGACCCUGGGCUGCAGGGCAGAAGAGGAAGGAGAUGGUUUUAUCUGAAAAAGUUAGCCAGCUGAUGGAGUGGGCCAGCAAAAGAGCCGUUAUCCGAAUGAACGGAGACAAGUUUCGUCGCCUUGUAAAGGCACCACCAAGAAAUUACUCAGUGGUUGUGAUGUUCACUGCUCUUCAGCCUCACAGACAAUGUGCCGUGUGCAAGCAAGCUGAUGAAGAAUACCAGAUUCUGGCAAACUCCUGGCGAUACUCCAGUGCAUUUACCAAUAAGGUUUUUUUUGCCAUGGUGGAUUUUGAUGAAGGCUCAGAUGUAUUUCAGAUGCUAAACAUGAAUUCAGCUCCAACCUUCAUUAACUUCCCAGCUAAAGGGAAACCCAAAAGGGGUGACACAUAUGAGCUGCAGGUGCGAGGUUUUGCGGCCGAGCAGCUUGCUCGCUGGAUAGCUGAUAGGACUGAUGUCAAUAUUCGAGUGAUAAGACCCCCAAAUUAUGCUGGUCCCUUGAUGUUGGGUCUGCUGCUGGCAGUCAUUGGUGGCCUUGUGUACUUACGGAGAAGCAACCUGGAUUUUCUCUAUAACAAAACUGGCUGGGCUUUUGCUGCUUUGUGUUUUGUGCUAGCAAUGACAUCAGGCCAAAUGUGGAACCAUAUCAGAGGGCCACCAUAUGCUCAUAAGAAUCCCCAUACAGGACAAGUGAACUAUAUCCAUGGAAGCAGCCAAGCCCAAUUUGUGGCUGAAACACACAUUGUUCUACUGUUUAAUGGUGGUGUUACUUUAGGAAUGGUACUCCUGCAUGAAGCUGCUACCUCUGAUAUGGAUGUGGGGAAAAGAAAAAUAAUGUGCGUAGCUGGUGUUGGCCUGGUGGUAUUAUUCUUCAGCUGGCUGCUCUCUGUCUUCAGAUCUAAAUACCAUGGCUACCCAUACAGUUUCCUGAUGAGUUAAAGGAUUCCACAGGCUGGGAGCAUUUGAAAGGUGUCAACUCUGAAAUUGCGUGUAAUGUAACUGAAGAGCUAAAUGUGUAUGGUUCAUGCUACCUCUCUUUAAAGCGAAUGAGAUAGUUAAACACUGAACCAAAGAAAAUGUGUAGUGCCUUAAUAUGACAAGCAGUAUACUCUGAAAGUCACAUGGAAUAUUAAGAUUCAGUCUUUUUUCAUAAGCUUUACAUCAUGUUAAACCAUUUUACUUUAAACCUAGUGGAAUUCAAAGCUUAGAAUAUGGACUACUAGUGUUUCUUUGAAAUAACUAGAAACAGUACUGACAUUCAGUUUGAUAAUUCGUUUGCCUCAUUUUUCCUGCUCCCUCAAAGGUGUGGGGGGGUGUAUGUCUUUUUUUUUUUUUUUUUUUUAAAUUACGUUCUCUUUCUUGUCUACCCGUUGCUGCUCUCGCUGGCAUUUUUCCUUUACCUUUUUUCAUAACUCUGAUGCCUGAGUCAUACCCUUUCCUGAAUGAGGGGGCCAAAUUCAGCAUGUACCUGGAAACCUCUUCCUUUUUUCUGGAAUACUCUCCAGCUUCUAGUGGCAAAUGUGCAAAUCUUACAGUUCCUCAACUUGAAUCUCUUGUAUUUAACUGCAAUGCAGUGCAACAGAUUACCCCCACAGAGUAAGGGGAAGUUAUCAACAUAUAGCACUGGUGAAUGCAUGUGGAAUCUUGAAUUAAGUUAUCUAGAGUGGUUUAAUAUUCCCCUCAAUGCUCAACACUCCCCAUCAUCAAAAAGACACUGAUAUAUUUUUUUAAUAAAAUGACCACAGUUUGUUGCAGUCUCUGCUAUCCUGAGCUGUCUAAUAGGUCUAGGAAAUCCGCCCUUCCCCUCUGAACACAUUGUCCUGUUACUAACUGGCCAGUGAGGACUCUCUUUGACUGCCUAACACCGAAACUCCCCUGUAAGCAAUAAAUGCUGGCACCGUGAGUCCAGUCUACAUAGCCCAAAGUCAGGAAUGUUCUUAGCCUUUUCUUCCUUCUAAAUAGUUGAUUGUGAAAAACUAAUCUGAAAAACAGCCCAAAAGAUAGCCAGUUUCAGCUGAUAAAGCAGAGGGAUCCUAAAUGUGGUUUAAAAAUAUUCUCAGAAUCCUGCCAAACCAGCAGACAUGCCAGCACUUUCAGUCAUUAUCACUUGGAUCUGUGACUUGCCACCUACUUUAACUUGUUCUAGUUUCCUUCAGCCUUACUUACUAUGGAGAUUGGGUGCGGGGGGAUACAGGUAUGAUCCUAGGAUAAACAUUACUAUCCCAGUGGAGAUUGUCUUAGUCUUAUAGUAGCCCUUUCUGCUUUAUUUUCUGCUCUUAUUUCUUCUAACAAGCAUAGUGUGCCCCUGAGACACUUCCUUCUCCAUCCCAUCCCUAAGAAGGAGGAGACUUGACUUCUUGUGCCUCAGCCCAAAUAGUCUUAAGAAUGGGCCAUGACUAGGAAUUCCAGCACCUAUACUAGUGGGAACUCUUGCAGCUUGACUAGAUAGUGCUACCUGCUGCAGGGCAGGACAAAUGCUUGGAGGUAGUUUAUCAUGGAGGAUGUUAUAAAUAGGUAAUUUCUCACCUCCUGUCCUCUUUCCUGUCUCAAAGGGGCAAGGGAUAUGGAAGUUUUCUUUAGACUGAAGAGUACAUGAGAAAUAACUACUUCAUUCAAACUAGAAUGUUUCUGUUAUGCAAGUUUGCUACGUUAACUUACAUCUCAAGUGCCUUAACUACACUAAUCUAGUCUUUUGGUAAUAGUUCAAUUUAAAUAUUGAGAUAUGUUUUUGUACAGCUCAGAAUGAUGAGCGUUAGUGGCACAGAUAAUCACAUGAUUGACUGGAUUUUGGACAACUUUCAAUAAAAUGUUUUACAGUCUGA